CCUCAGGUGCACGGCUGUGGUGGAGUGGUGUAUAUGUCAGUUUGUUGACCUUCUUCUUUUCAGCCUCGGCUUUUCUAAAUUUAGAGGAGUUAAAUGAAAUGAAAUAUGGCAUCCAGAUUCUCCCGGAUCCCGUUAUCAUGGGACAGUCUCACGCAGAGGACGUGAUGCUGGUAUCCAGUAAGUACAGACAGCUGUAUGAGUGCCGUCUCCCAGUUCAAGCCGUGCGGUUCCACCAGGAGGGCCCGUCGGAUCCUGAAUCCCAGAGCUACACCGGACCAGGAGUGUCUGAGCUGCUCACCCCCAUGCACAGUGCACCCUGCCUGGUGAAGACAAAGGACUGGUGGACAUACGAGUUCUGUUAUGGACAGUACAUACGACAGUACCACGUCGAAGACUCAGAGGUCAAAGGUGAUGUGCUUUUUCUGGGCUACUAUGAGUCCGAGUUUGACUGGACCAAUGAAACGGCGAAGGCCUCUAAACAGCAUAGGCUGAAGAGGUACCACAGUCAGAACUAUGUUAAUGGUUCCAAGUGUGAUCUCAAUGGAAAUCCCAGAGAGACUGAAGUCAGGUUUUUGUGUGAGGAGGGGUCCAGUGAUUAUGUGGCGCGUGUGGACGAACCUCAGUCCUGUCGGUACGUCCUGACGGUGCACACCUCCCGUACGUGCCAACACCCCUUUCUCCGCCCCCCCUCCUCCGCCAAGCCGCAGGCCAUCACCUGCCACCCUGCCCUCAGUGCCCAGCAAUACAUGGACUACGUCAAGGCCCAAGUCUCGGACACUAAGCGUAAAGUGGAGCAGAUCUCUGAGGAGCUGAAGACACUUGAUGAGAUCCUGGCGAAGGAUGAAGUGCAGAGGGGGGAGGUGGAGGAGAAAACAGAGGAACAGUCAGUGAUGCCCACAGAGGAGUCACACAGCCAUGAGGGAUCUGAUGGUGACUCUGUAAAUGAGGAAACAGAGGACAGUGAUUUUUGGGACAAAGUGACCAAACCGCCCAACACAGAGCCUCCUGAACAACAGAGCCCUGAGACUACACAGCAGAAGCCACCGGAGGAAAACAAGGACCUGGGAGAGGAAAAGUUUAAUUUCAAAAUCAUCACUGAUCCUGCCGAUCUGAUGCAGUUUGUACACCAUCUAAGAGAGAGCAACAGAAAGCAGAUGAAAUCGCGGCAGGAGAAAGAGGAGGCGAGACACGCUGUCCAGAGGAGGAGGAAAGGAGAAGAGGAGGGACCGGAGGUGAAGAAGAAACAGAGUGAGGAGAAUGAAGCAGAGGAGAAAGAUGAGGAUGAGCGUGUUCUGCAGGAGUUUGAGGAGGAGUUGGCUGAUCUGGCGAUCCCGUCGGACAAAAUCGAGGAGAUCAAAGAGGAGAUGACAAAGGAGUUUGACAACAUUAUUGAUGAGGCUGAGCUGGAGCUGGAGACAGAGGGUCUGAAGGGUGAGUUUGACCGAUCUCAGGCCACACAGACCCUGGAGACCACACUGGGCAAACUACUCAGUCACCUGGAGGAGAAGGAUGUGGAGCAGACACACACAGAAACGGACAACGACAAAGACACACACACACACACACCACCCACAAACCAACAGCGUGUGGCCGAUCCCGCCCGGGGCAGCCCCAACCUUGUCCCCAAAACACCAGCCCGUGGGGUUGCUGGCAGCGACCAAGUAAAGAUCAGGGUGACUAAGUUUAAAGUGGGAGGUGGCCUAGCAGCAGGCGCAGCUGUUGCCCGGGGUGACGGUGAGGGGGGCGUGGCCAUGCAUGAGCUGGGAGAGGGCGAUCCCCAGUGGCACCAGAUACAGGAAGUUGUCAGAGAGCAGCUAGAGAAGGCUGGGAUUAAGGCUGAAGGUAAGAUUGAGGUGAAGAUCUUGACGCGUAGAUCUGCUGAAGAAGCUGGAGACCAGUGGCUUAGUGAGGAGGACACGAAAUCAUUCAGAGAACUUCUCAUCAACCUACUGACAGGAGGCACAGAGGAGGUGUAUAAAGAGGAGAAGAGACAGCAGGAGUUGGAGAAUAACUACAAAUUCGUGUGGGGUGAUACACAAGAGGAGAAGCAGUCCACUGGAGCCAGUGACUCUGAUGAACUGGACUUCUAAAGACACACUGGUCAACUCUGUCAGCAGCAGCACAUGUCAGCUGGAUUCUAACAACUAUUCUGUGUGUGUGUGUGUGUGUGUGUGUGUGUGUAUUUUGGGAGUGUGUGUAUGUCCAUAAUUACAUUGUCACUGUAUGUGUACACAUAGGCCCUGGGCUGUCUUAUUGUCCCCUUCCUCUGUCAGUCUGGGAAAACUCACACACUGGGAUUCCCAGCCUUGCCGUCGUAAUAUGGGAGGUGUGUGUGUGUGUGUGUGUGUGUGUGUCUUUGGCUGCCAACAUAAACACAUUCACUGGGUCUCGUACGGUUUGUGUUCCCUCUCAUCUGACGAUGAUUUGCACCUUUUAGACAGGAUGUGCAGUCAUUCUCUGGAUGUUGUCAUUCUCGGCCAGUUAAAGACGGCACUCUCCAAGCCGCAGCCGCCCCCGCCCUUGACUCUGACUGCACCUUGUCUAAGACUGCGUGACCUAUGACCUGACCUAUGACCACAGCAUGCAAAGUGUUUUUGUUUUGGUUCUCUGAUUUCACAGGCUGACGGGUCUGUCCUGUCGCUUUCACCACGCGAGGCUUCCGCUCUGCCCUCUACUACACGCGUUCACCAGAUUUUUCAUGUAUUUUUUUUUUGCACUUUAAGAGGGUGAAAUGAGGAAGGAAGGAAUGUGUGUAUGUGUGUGUGUGUGUGUGUGUGUGUAAGGAAAAGCUCUGGCCCAUUUUAGACUGGAGAUGACAGCCUGUCUGAUCGGAUGCUGCGAAACCCGUCUGUAAACUGUCCAGGUACAUCUGAGGGACGUGGGUGUUACCUGGCUCUACAGGAAAACUGUCUGUUGUAAUAUGGUACAAAACUCAGACAAUGCCUGUCUCAGCACGGGAGUUCAGCAUACACUGCAAUAAUAAGAAUACACUGAGCCUGUAUUACUGUCAUAAUCACCUGUUUUUACAGUCAUGAUCACCUAUGCCCUGGAGGAGACCUGUUCAAACAGUUGACCGUCUCUGAAGUAGGUGACAAAGGGCUUGUGUGUGUGUGUGUGUGUGUGUGUCUUUCUAUCUGUUAGUCUGUCUGUCUUCUGUCUUUGUGAAUAUUUGUACAUUGUUAAUCAUUUUUGCUGGAGUGUUUGAAUGGCUUAUUUGGUUUAACUACGAGCGUUUUUGUUUUUUUUGAGAGGACAUGUAAGCACAUACUUAGAUCCUUGGGCUGAUUUAAGAUUGUGAUCACAGCCACAAUGAGCUGAUUGUCUGGACGCUGAACUCUCUCCCCCUUUACAGCUGCCUUGUCAAUGUGUCCAUAGGAAAAAUACUCCUGAAGUUCUAAUUUAAUACAAUAAAUGGAGCUAUGUCCCAGA